UCGAUAACGACGCCUUGUGCGACGCGCCUUCGCACUGAGGAUCGUACGCACACUAUGCUACCUUUGGGCACAGAUAUAAGAGCGAUUCAGAAAGUUUAUUACGAGAUAAUUUGAAGAGAUUUUUACCAAAGAUUUUAAGUUUUUCAAAUAGAGUUACCAAGCAAGAAAUUUGUAGAAUGGUGUACUUACAGCGAGCUCUUUUUUCCUUGGUGUUCCUUAUUACGUAUUCCGUGACGUCAGCAACCAAAGGUCAGCUCUGGGACUCUGUAGAAUCAGACUUAGAUGACACGAUUGAAAGUGGGGACCCAGUUCAUAAACCAUUAAUAAACUUUUUAAUUAAUCCCAAAGACCUUCAUAAGGCAGGCAUACCAGAAUCAUCAAGUGAAGAAAAAAGAUUUGGGUUUGCUCCAAUGCGAGGAAAAAGAUUCAACAACGACGUGGAAUUCCCAUUAGUUCGGAACAAUAAACGUGCUCGCUUUUUCGGUCUUCGAGGCAAAAGAGUUCCAAGUCUAGAACAGAGGCUUUCAGAUGAAGACUUUAAGAAUAUUCUUGGAAAACUAUUGAACGAUGCGUAUGAUUUUUCAACGAAUUCAAACGAUGCAGAUUCAAGUCUUGAGAAAAGAUUCCGCUUUACUGCUUUGCGAGGGUAACUAAUAAAACCAUCCCUGGCUAGAAAAGCAAAAAAAUAACUUACUUUACAGAAUAUGGUGCAUUUAUCUUACGAUACCAUUGGAACGCUUUAUUUAAAAGUUUUAUGUGUGUUCGACAAGACAUCUUACCACAGAUGGCCUAUAAAAGUCUGCAAUCGAGGAAAUUCAGGUUCAAAUGUAAUUGUUCACAUUUUAUAGUUCGCACAAGUAUACUAGCAUUCAUAUAUAUGUUAUCAGCACAAACAUGAGUCAUUGCAAAUACUGUUACCUUUGGUUUGUUUGAAAUUAAAUUAUGCAUCAUUCAA